AUGCCUACCCUAACAGUAGCCAUCGCCCAAUCCCGCACCCACCAAACCACCCAAUCAACCCUCUCCGCCCUCGAACGAACAACCAAAUUAGCCUCCUCUCGCAACGUCCACCUCAUUCUCUUCCCAGAAGCGUACCUAGGCGGAUACCCACGUACAUGCUCCUUCGGCGCAGCAGUCGGGUCUCGUGCCCCCCACGGCCGAGACCAGUUUCUGGAGUAUUUCAAGGCGGCUGUGGAUCUGGGCGAUACGCCUGCCGGGGCGGGUGAGGAGUGGGUGAGUAAGAAGUUGGAAGUUGCUGUUGGGAAGCAGUACCGUGGAGAUGGGACUAGGGAGUUUCUGGAGCGGGUUGCGAGUGAGACGGGGGUUUUUAUUGUGACAGGGUUGGUGGAGAGGGCUGGGGGGAGUUUGUAUUGUUCCGUGGUUUAUGUCGAUCCUAUUAGGGGGACCUUAGGGAAGAGGAGGAAGGUUAUGCCGACCGGCGCCGAACGCAUGAUCUGGGCUCAAGGUUCACCCUCAACUCUACGCGCCGUGACAACCUGUCUCAAUGGCAUCCCGGUUACAUUGGCUUCGGCUAUCUGCUGGGAGAACUAUAUGCCCUUGUUGCGCCAGAGUCUGUACUCUCAAAACGUGAAUAUCUACCUCGCUCCAACCGCCGAUGCCCGUGAUACUUGGCUGUCGCUCAUGCGCACCGUUGGCAUUGAAGGCCGCUGCUUCGUGCUCUCUGCGAAUCAAUGUGUUCGUAACUGUGAGUUGCCCUCUUGGAUUACUGGGCAAAAGGAGACUGCUCCGAGUCCGGUCCCGGCUCCUGCGCAGGUCGAGCAGCCGAAGAUGAUGAAUCGGAAGCUUUCAAUUACGGCUGAGGGGCCGCAUGAGAUUGUUUGGCCGCAGUGUUCGACUCAGGGGGCGGAGAAUGGUGAGACGUCCAAGCUGUCAUCGCAAGUGUCCUCUCAUGCUUCUGGGGAGUAUCUCUGUCGGGGAGGUAGCUGUAUCAUCUCUCCGCUUGGCGAGAUUCUGGCAGGGCCCCUGUGGGAGGUUUGUACGGACGAUGUGCCGGAUAGCGAUGAAGCAGCCGUGAAUGCGAGCGGCAUUCAACCUGCUGCAACUGGGGAUGGACUGGCGAUUGCCCAGAUUGAUCUGGAUGACUGUGAGCGUGGUCGAUUGGAUCUCGAUGUCGCCGGUAGCUACUCGCGCAAUGAUGCAUUCAAGUUGACCGUCGAGGGGCUGGACCUGGCACCGCCGCCCUUGUAA